AACUCAUCUCAUGAAAAGGCAAGGCUGACUUCGAAAACAGGGUUAAUUAAGGUUUGGAUGUACAACUUUCGCAUUGUUUCCUGUGAUUUGCCCCUGUUCCAAGUCUUCAAUCUAGAUGUCUUUUAACGUUGUCCAAUCCUUGUUUAAAAUUUUGCACCUUCUCUUUUUUCUUCUUCUUCACCCUGUACUCUUUCAUUCACACCUUGUGUUCUGAGUGGGAAAUCAAGAAACAAUAAUUUUGGGCCCCAAAGCUUUUUUAAUCAUUUCGAAUGCUUAUGCGUGGUAUUUUAAUUUUGAAAACUAGAACUGUUCGAAAAGGAGAGCCUCAUACUAUUGAUGCACAACUUUUUUCAGGAAAUCAAUACAGAAAGUCCCCGUGUAAAAUCUGAUUUCUCGCGUUGAUGAAAUAUGUAUAAAUCUAUAGAUAUAUAAAAAUCGUCACCCUGGCACGUGUUAAUUCUUCCUUUGGCAGCUGGUUUUGAUAUUUGUGGUACAAGUAUUUUUGCAUGGGGCAAGUCUUUCAUAAACCCUCAGUGUGUUUCCGUGUUAGGGAAAUACCACUUAAAAUAUGAACAAUGUUCAAUUGGAAUUUGGCUUUAGAGUGUUACACAGACUUGACUACGCUACUUCGGGGCUGAUGGUCAUCCCGCUGACGGAUCCGGCCAUGUCAUCCGCAUCCAAAGCGUUUCAAAAGCGGCAAACUCAAAAGUUUUACAUAGCUAUCCUGCGUGGCCAUGUGUCUGAGAACCAUAUCAAAAUUCAUUUUCCAAUCGGCGAUACGAGUGAUCCCCAAUGGCAAUCCAUAAAGAUGGUCACCGCAUCAGAUCCCCUUUGUACUCACCCUCGUGAGUCGGAAACUCACUUAGUAGUGGUGAGUCGCGGGAUUUUAGGCGGAUACCCUGCCACUGAGGUUUUGGUAAAACUAGUCACGGGAAGACGCCAUCAAAUUCGAGUUCAUUGUCAUCAAAUUGGCCACACUUUGGCGGGAGAUUAUACAUAUUCGAAUCGACACGAUCAGUUCACUUCCCGCAUGUUCCUUCACGCUCAUCGGAUCAUUAUUCCAAAUAGAGUGGAACCUUUGGAUAUUACAUCUCCUUAUAACCUCUUCGAGCUUGAUGAGCUUGAUGAGGAAACUGUUUUAAACCGAUAUCAGCCAGUAGAGGUCAUCUACAACAUCAAUGAUAAAUCCACUUUUGAUCUGUUUACUUGUCCCCUUGUCAAAUGGUUCUUAAUUUUUUGACGAUUACACACAUCACCUGUUAAACAA